AUGCUUCGCAACUGUGGGUGUUUCCAGCGUGCGAGACGCAGCUCCAGCUUCGAGGAUUCGUCCUCCUGCCGAUCGUCGGAGAUCGAGCGGGGUGGCGAGAUGACGCCGCACAGCGGAAGCCUGCUGAAGCUGUUCACCUCGAAGGGCUGGUGCAGGCAGUGGAGGAAGAGUGGCCGCGGCAUGAGCAUGACCAAAAUAGAGCGAACCAUGAAGGCGGCCAUCCUCAUACAGCGCUGGUAUCGCCGGUUUGUGGCGCGGAUCGAAAUCCGUCGGCGCUAUACAUGGACCAUCUUCCAGAGCAUAGAGUAUGCCGGCGAGCAGGACCAGGUUCGGCUGUACAACUUCUUCAACGCACUGUUAACGCACAUUCCAGAGACCGCCGGACGUCUGGCCGAUUCGCAAAACACAUCCCGCUCUUCGUCCGCAGAGGCACUGAAUAUGAAAUUUUCCGACGAAUCGGACGAUCUAGCCGACGAGGGUAUCGCCGGGCCGGAGCGCGGCUAUCAGGGGCCGGAGAUCAAAUUUCCGCUCGACAAGAAGGAGCUGGAAGUCAUCAUCGAUCUGUUCCGGAAGAAGAAGAACCGGCUGCACGCCAAGUACGUGGCCGGCAUACUGCGCGAGGCGACCUCCAAGCUGAAGCGGCUGCCGAAUCUCAACCAGGCGUCGACCGCCAUCUCCAAGCAGGUCACGAUUUGCGGCGAUCUGCACGGCAAGCUGGACGAUCUGCUGGUCGUGUUCCACAAGAAUGGGCUGCCGUCGCCGGAGAACCCGUACGUGUUCAACGGUGAUUUCGUGGACCGCGGCAAGAAGGGGCUGGAGGUGCUGCUGCUGCUUCUCUGUACAUUUCUGGUGUUUCCCGGCGGCGUGUUCCUCAACCGGGGCAACCACGAGGACACGGUCAUGAACGCCCGGUACGGCUUCAUCCGGGAGGUGCACCAGAAGUACAAACACAACGCCGAAAGACUGCUGAAGCUCAUCGACGAGGUGUACCGGUGGCUUCCGUUAGGGACGAUAGUUAACAACCGCGUGCUGGUGGUGCACGGUGGCAUUUCCGAUUCCACCGAUCUGGAUCUCAUCCGCAGCCUGGACCGGGGCAAGUACAUAUCGCUGUUGCGUCCACCGAUCACCGAAAGUACCGCUCCCGGAGCCGAGAUAAUCGACAAGGUGGAAUGGAAGCAGGUGUUCGACAUCUUGUGGAGUGAUCCGCAGCACACCGAGGGCUGCCGGCCGAACUCACUGCGAGGUGCCGGGACGUACUUCGGACCGGAUGUGACCAACAAGUUCCUACAGCGCUACAAGCUCCAGUAUCUUGUUCGAUCGCACGAAUGCAAACCGGACGGGUACGAGAUCAUGCACGGCGGCAAGGUCAUCACCAUCUUCUCCGCCUCGAACUACUACGAGAUUGGCUCGAACAAGGGCGCCUAUCUGAAGCUCGACCCGCAGCUGGAUACGCACUUCGUCAUGUACACGGCGGCGGCCUCGAAGACCCGCAAAUUGACAUUCCGACAGCGCGUGGGAUUGGUGGAGAGCUCGGCCAUCCGGGAGCUGGCGGCGAAGCUGCGCGAACGGCGGAUAGAGCUCGAGCGGGAGUUCAAGUCACGGGACGUCGAAAAUACGGGUGUACUGACGCUCGCCAAGUGGUGCGAGGCGCUGGAGAGCGCCACCAACCUCGGUCUGCCCUGGCGGAUGCUGAAGGAGAAGCUAGCGCCGACCGACAAUCCCACUGCCAGCAGCGUCGCGACGAUAACGGAAGUCAACUACCGCAAGACGCUGCACCUGCUCGACACGGACUCCUUCAAAUCGGCACAAAAUGGUACGCCGACGGUGGCGGAGUCGCUGUACAAGAACAAGAGCAGCCUGGAGGCCAUCUUCCGCAUCCUGGACAAGGACAACUCGGGCCAGAUCUCGCUGGAGGAGUUCGGCGAGGCGUGCGAGCUGCUGCGGCGCCACUUCCCGCACAACACGCACGAGCAGCUGCUCGACAUGUGCCGCAUGAUGGACAUCAACAAGGACGGCCAGGUCGAUCUGAACGAGUUCCUCGAGACGUUCCGGCUGUGCGAGAACGCCAAGGAGCAGCUGCUGACCAGCCUGGAGCAGCAGGCGAUCACGGCCGAGACCAACGGUAACGCCGGAACUGGGGAGAAGGCCCUCCCAGCCGGAGAACUUCCGGAUCGCAAUGGAAACUGUACCACGACGAAGCCCUCGCAGGAGAAGGGCGGCGAGAACAUGCGGCGGCGAAGCAAGAAGCGGUCCAGCAGCAAGCGUAGCCUCGGUGGGAAGCCAAACGGAGACGCCGAGGCGGACGACGACUCGGACGACUACGACGACUACGAGACGAACGAGGAAACGGCGGACGAAAGCGGCAAAGACAAGAAGACAUCGUCGUCGAUGACAAGCGCGGUGAACGUGAAUUCUCCCAAAGGUCAACGCUGGGCGGAUGAGGUAAGACCACGACCAAGGAUUGCAUUUGCGUAGUUGUGCAAGGUGUGCAAGGUGUGCACGGGCAGGAAAGAGAAGCUUCAACCUCUCAAACCAGAUUAAAAAAGAAGAAGCAUAACUGAUGUGAAAGGAACUACUUUCAAUAGAAUUAAGUACAGAAAUGACAGAAAACGAAUCCGUGGGAACAAUGUUACACCGACUUUUGCAACUUUUCAAUCCUAUACACUGAAUGUUACCUUCAAUCCAUCUCGUGGCAGUUGCCAAACAUGUCUAAAUACGGCCAGCAGCAUUAAUGUAAGCAUAACCGAAAGAUUUCAAACUCAAAACAUAGUCAAACGAUUUAACACGAAGGAAAAGUAGUGCGAAAAUAGCGUAGAAAGAUAGCAGGAACUUGGGGAAAAGUGGUGGAUGAAAAAUCAAACAUUUGUUACCGCAGAAAUAAGCAACAAUGUCAUGACAGAAAUGAUAAAAUAGAUGUUAACGAAACGGUUUUAUGCAACAGCAAACAGUUAAAGCAACCCAAUCAUCCCGGAACACGACGGUUUCCUGUGGUAGGCAAGGCGAAAAUGCUUGCAACAACAUUUGAAUGGUUUUGAAGAUGCCAAGAAUAACAUUUUACGAUACAUAAUGAAAGAUAAAAACCAUUGCACUGAACAAUGCAGCUACCAGUAAAAUAAAACAUAACUAAAACUAUUGACGGUACGCACUCUCAACCUCUGCACGACACCUUUUUCCAGGGUUUUUUCAUAUUCAUGGUAGAUUGUUUAGCUUUUCGCCGACGGGUCACACUGGAGCGUAAAUUCCGCGUACUAUACAUUUACCUAGUUGUUAUAUACAUAAGUAUUUAAAAAAAAAAACAAUUUAGCUAAAACCGCCAUUGCUGUAUUUGCGAUUGAUAAAAGAAAAAAAGACGAAUAUAACUGUUUUAUAUCGAAUUGAAAAAAUAUAUCGAAACAUUAAAAUUACUACCGUAGCUAAAUGGAAGCAAAUCUUAAACAAGAAAAGUUAAGCAGUAAAGAAAGAUGAUAACGAACAUGAAUGAAUGAAUUAAUGGAAAAAUAUCCUCAAAAAUGCCAAAGAUGUUACCAACUUUUCUAGCACGAAUGAUAAAAUCAUCAUCUCUAAGCUUUACCAAACAUAACGAACGGCAAAAAAAUGAAGGAAUAGCAAAACCAAAUCAGUUUGACUGACUUUUGCGUGCGUUUUUGAUUCAGUUUCGGUUUCGGAUGCUGCGCUUGUCGUUUGCGCACGGCUCGACCAACGAUAGUUUUUAAGCGAUGCACCGUUCCGUUUGCGAAUGUUUUCCGUUUGACAAUUCUUCACACAUUCUUUUGAAGGAAACCAACUGCUGUGUUAACUGUGGAGACUUGGUCGCGCUGCGAUGCGGAUUUCGGGAGAAAAGACUCAUUUCAUGUCGGAAUACGUCAACGUGUAGUGAAAUAA